CGGUGCGCACCCCGAGCCCCGACCGGUCGCCGCUGCUUUCCGGGCGCUCACCGCCAGGCGCGCGCGUGCCCGCCCGCCCGCGUCCCUCCCCGUCCCUGCCCCCGUGCCCGUCCCCGCCAGCAAAGCACCGCUGAAGAUGGCGAGCCCGGCGCCCGGGGAGCACGCCGCGCAAGGAUGCCCAGCCCCGGCUGCGGAGGAACCGGCGCCGAGGCCCGGGGUUCCCGGGGAGGAGGCUGCACCGGAGGCAGGGCCGGCGGGCGCGGGGCCGCAGGUGGUGGAGGAGGAGGAGGCCGCGGGCAAGGUGGCCGCCGCCCUGACCUGGCUGCUCGGGGAGCCCGUGCUGUGGCUGGGAUGUCGCGCGGACGAGCUCCUGAGUUGGAAGAGGCCGCUGCGCAGCCUGCUCGCCUUCCUGGGUGCCAACCUGCUGUUCUGGUUCCUUGCAUUGACUCCAUGGAGAGUUUAUCAUCUCAUUUCUGUCAUGAUACUUGGGCGCGUUAUCAUGCAAAUCAUCAAGGACAUGGUUUUGUCUAGGACAAGAGGUGCACAGUUGUGGAGAAGCCUCAGCGAAAGCUGGGAAGUUAUCAGUUCCAAGCCAGAUGAAAGACCCAGGCUAAGCCACUGCAUUGCAGAAUCAUGGAUGAAUUUCAGCAUAUUUCUUCAAGAAAUGUCUCUUUUUAAACAGCAGAGCCCUGGCAAGUUUUGUCUCCUGGUCUGCAGUGUGUGCACAUUUUUUACAAUCUUGGGGAGUUACAUUCCUGGGGUCAUACUCAGCUACCUACUGUUACUGUUUGCUUUUUUGUGUCCACUGUUUAAAUGUAAUGAUAUCGGACAAAAAAUAUACAGCAAAAUCAAGUCCAUUCUAUUGAAACUAGAUUUUGGAAUUGGAGAAUAUAUUAACCAGAAGAAACGUGAGAGAUCUGAAGGAGAUAAAGAAAAGAGUCAGAAGGAUGACAGUGAAUUAGACUUCUCAGCUCUUUGUCCUAAGAUUAGCCUCACAGUUGCUGCCAAAGAGUUAUCUGUAUCUGACACAGACGUGUCAGAAGUAUCCUGGACUGAUAAUGGGACCUUCAACCUCUCAGAAGGGUACACUCCACAGACAGACACAUCUGAUGAUCUUGACCGGCCCAGUGAGGAGGUUUUCUCUCGAGAUCUUUCAGAUUUUCCAUCUCUGGAAAACGGCAUGGGAACAAAUGAUGAAGAUGAGUUAAGCCUUGGCUUACCUGCUGAGCUCAAGAGAAAAAAGCAACAGUUGGACGCUGGUCACAGACCAAGCAAAGGCGGGCCAUCAGCAGCUGGCCUCUCCCUUCCUCUGAACAGUGACCAAGCCAUUCACUUGAUGAGCAACCUGGCUGGGGAUGUCAUCACAGCUGCAAUGACGGCUGCCAUCAAAGACCAGCUAGAAGGGGCCCGGCAGGCACUUGCUCAGUCUGCACCUACUAUAGGAGAGGACACAGACACCGAAGAAGGUGAUGACUUUGAACUACUUGACCAGGCAGAGCUAGAUCAAAUUGAGAAUGAACUGGGACUAACACAAGACCAAGAUGCAGAAGCACAGCACAGUAGGAAGCCUUCAGGCUUCCUUUCAAAUCUACUCGGAGGCCAUUAAUCUGGGAAUCAGCUUGCAGAAAAGCACAGACAAACCACCCAAAAAUCUCAGACAAGCAGGGAAAAAAACAAACAAAAAAAAAAAAAGGAAAAAAUUGACUUGUAAGCUUUAAUUACUUUAGAUUUUUUUGUUUUCUUUUCCCUUCUGUAGUGAGUUGGAUAAGUAUCAGCUGAUAAUGAUAGACUGACAUUUCUGAUAGCUAUUUUUAUGUAAUAAGCAUGGAAAUGAACUUUAUAGUUACAUAUAUACAUACUGUGGUGUCAUAAGUGAAUAGGGGUUGUUUUUAAAGAGAAGAGAAAACAAAACCAAACCCAUCAAACUUAAGAUCUCCCUAGAAGUAUUCUUCUUCUUUAUAGUUCUCAAGCAUGCAGAGAUUAUUCUUAACUUGCUGAAAAGUAACAAUUGUGAACAAAUGUUGUAUCAGCUCCUUAUUGCUCACACUUGGAAGUAGUUUUUCAAACCUUGCUAGAUUUUAAUGGAAAAAGGGAGAAAAUAUCAAAAUGUUUGUAGUUGAAGGGCUUGGGAAAUGCUAUCAAAAUUAAUUUUCUAAGGAAAACUUUAAAAGUAAGUACUACCUAUAGGCAGAAAUAUUUCCAUGUUAUCUCUACAGCUGUAGACCUAGGCUUACUUGUAUGUGGCAAUCUCCACUGACUGCCACAUUUAAUCUUAAAAGGUGAUAUUGAUUCACAGAAAGCAAGCAGUUAUGUAUCCCAUAAUGAUGCUUUAGUUUUGUUCUUUUUUGCCAUGUUAGCAAUGAGGAGGUUGUAAGUGCAGAUCGAUUUUGCACACUCAAAUGUAAGUAAAACCUGAUGUUUUCAUAUUGUGUUGCAGUCUUCUAAGAUGGUGAAAUUAGUUACUGGUAUGUCCUAUGAGUGAUGUAGUCACUGGUGAUAAAAUCAACUGUUUUUCUUUUUAGUUUGCAGAUGCAGAGGAGAGGAACUUGCUUGAACUUUAAAGUUAUUUCUUUGCUACUACAGUCUAAAUAUGCAAUUUGUUUCUUACUGGGAAGCUAAAAUAUAUUCUUAACUUUAAACUUUUUCCGAUCACCUUUACAUAAUCAAAUUUGCCUUACAGUGGAAACCAAGAUAGUUGUUUUUGUGAAACAAUCUUUUAGUAGUACUGAGGGACCAUGUCAGCAACUAUCUUAAAUCUUCAGUUUUAGCUGGCAUUUCUACACAGACACACAAGACCCUUAGCAAGGAAAAGUAACCUACGACUACAAAAAAAUGUUUUCUUUCGGUUUCAUCCCUUUUAUUUCUAAAGACUAAUUACAAGCAACUUGAAAUGUUAAUGUACCAUCUCUUAUUUAUUUUUUCUUUCUGAGGUAUUAAAAUAUCUAGACUGAAUUUUGCCAAAUGUAAAAGGGAGAGGAGUUACUGAAGACUUCGAAUAAUUGCUUUUUUUGAUCGAUGUUCUAUGCUUAUGUCAUUAGUGCCUCACGACUGUGUUUGGUGUUCUUUAUUGAUACAAAGUGAGCCUGUGCCUUCAUUAUCUUGCCCAUUUUGGUACCAAUGUAAAUUUGUGUUAGAAAAUCUUGGAACUGUGUGAGUCUGGGAAGACUGUAUCUGAAUUCUAUUCAAUACAUUUGCUGGAUGUGAAGAAAAAUACAGCCACAUAUUUAUAAAAUAGUUGUUAUCAGUA